AUGAGCACCAAAUUCGAUACUGCGAACGGUUUAGCAACCACUGUACGACGGCAGUUCGUCAAUGGCGGCAUAGUGGAUAAUUCUUUCGAUCAGAAUCAGUCUCGGGGACCAUCACCUGAUCAAAUGCCAGUGUUCGGUUUCUUGCAUAAAUUUGCGUCUAGUCAAUCCGGGUCAGCACUGUAUAGUGUUGGCACGACUCAAGAGCCUGCUGUGAACUACCGUACUGCUAGCGGGGACGUCGAGCUCCGACCAUGGUGGCUUACGAGCAACUGCUAUUAUAAUACCAACAACAUGAUCCGCAGGCAUUACCAAGACUACCCAGCUACCGCAAAAGAGGCCAAAUUUUGGACCAUGAAGCUGCGAAAUGAUGUGGAGUACUACUAUGCCGAGGAUAAAGCGACGGAUAUGCAUGCAGAAGCAUCCUCGCUAUCUGAAGAGGAGUCAUACUAUGCCAUUGUCGCACUUUCUGCCCGCCAGAUCUUGGCUGCAAACGUUAUCACAGAAUCUGCAGAUAACACCACAGGUCCAACUAUCUUUCAGAAGGAGAUUUCAUCAGACGGCAAAGUAAACACGGCCGAUGUCAUCUACCCCGCUUUACCUUUCUGGCUCUAUGCAAACCCGGAGCUUCUCCGCUUACUGCUCAAGCCCGUCUUCGAGUUCCAAGAGUCCGGACUCUAUCACGAACGAUAUGCCAUGCACGAUAUCGGGCGCUUCUACCCAAACGCCAUAGGAUACUACAGCUCCACCGUUCCCGAUGAAGAAGGGGAAGAAGCGAUGCCCGUUGAAGAGAGCGCGAACAUGGUUAUUUUGGCAGCUUCAUACUACUUGGCUACCAACGACACAGCAUUCCUUGUCAGCCACUACGAUAUCCUCAAGCGAUGGUCGGAAUACCUCGUAGAAAAUUGCCCAUACCCUGAGCAUCAGACUACGACAGGCAAGUACAAAGCAGCACGUCAACACCAAGAACAUGACUUCAACGAACCCAUCGCCAACAACACUAACCUCGCAAUAAAAGGCAUCGUAGCCCUAAAUUGCAUGGGUGUCAUAGCCCAAGCCAAUGGCGACAGAGGCUAUGGAGCAGGCAGAUGGAUGCGCAACGCGUAUUUCUACUAUACCCUCUGGUCCGAAUCAGCCAUAGACCCCGCAACCAACCAUACUCUUCUCGCUUACAACCUCCCCGACUCCUACAGCAUCCUCUACAACAUCUUCCCAGCCCUCCUCUUCAACCUGCGCGCAAUCCCCAAAUCUCUUUUCACCAUGCAGUCGGACUUUUACCCGACUGUCGUCCAGAAGUAUGGCGUUCCCCUCGAUAACAGACGCCUGUGGACGAAGAGCGAUUGGGAGAUGUGGGCUGCGGCUACGAGUCGACCUGAGACGCGGGCUCUGUUUGUGAACUCGUUGGCGAAGUGGAUCAAUGAGACGAGUACGGAUAAAGCGCUUUCCGAUCACUUUAUGACGACGGGUGAUGGGGGCUAUACUGAUUACCCGUUUGUGGCAAGGCCAGUCGUUGGGGGGCAUUUCGCGCUGCUGGCGAUGGGUCUUUUUGGGAGACAUGGGGUUCUAAAUGGAGAGGAUGAGUAA